AUGAGUACUGUCACAUCAGAAUUAACCAAUACUAGUGGAACCAAUAGCGGUUCAAUAAUCGACACAAGUGGUGAGUCAUUAGUUGGUAUUAUUGACACCGAUAAAGAGGACACAGAUGAUGUUAAUGAAAAGAGAUUAAAACGUGACAAUACAAUAGUGUGUGAUGUUAUUUUAAUAUCAAUACCCUUACGAUCACCAAACAAACGAAAACCAUUAAAAAACUUUUGCCAUGAAUAUUGUUCAAUACUGAAAUUAGUUAUAAAAUCAACAAUACCAGAUAUUAAAUCAUUUAAAUUAUGGCAAAUUAUUUUAUUACUUUUAUUUGCUACAUUUAAUGUGAUAUUUUCUAUACUGGAUUUUAAUUCAUUUUUUCAACAACGGCAACGACAACGAUCUAUUUUCAAAUGGAUGAAUGAUUUAAAUGAUCGUGUUCCAUUAUGGAGACGUAUAUUACUUUGUUUUAGUGGUAUAGCUUCUUUUACAAAUGUUGUCAAUGUUGUACUAGUUAUUAAAGGUAAAUUAUCAUCGUAUUUAUGGGGUAUCAUUGCGGCUAUAUUAUAUGGAAUCUACUCAUUUGCCUAUGGUUAUAUUGGUGAUGCACAAUUAUAUUUCAUAUUCUUUUUACCUAUGCAAUUUAUUGGCAUUUAUAUGUGGUCAAAAGAGUUAGAUUCAUCCUCAACAACACGUGUUAGAAGUUUAUCGCCAAUACCAUGGUUAGUCGUUCUGAUAAUUAGUAUUGGAUUAGCAGUGCUAUUUUAUUAUGAAAUACCAGCAUUUUCUAACUUAUUGACCCUUCCAUAUUAUCAUCAAACAGUGCUCGUACCACAUAUAUUAGAUGCGACAACAAAUGCGCUGAGUGUAGUUGCACAAUUCUUACUAAUAUUUUGCUAUUGGGAACAAUACGUCUACUGGCUAGCAGUAAAUCUAAUGGCAAUUGUUAUGUACAGUGGUUUAUUCCAAACAAAACUUGAGAUUAAUGUAUUACUCGUAUGGGUUAUGUUAGCUAUUAAUUCAUUUAUUGGCUUGUAUAUUUGGUUUAUGAGAUGGAGCAAAUUAAGGAGAAUAGGUCAUAUAUCAAUGCCAUAA